CUUACAAGGAGAGGGCGCUGGAAAGGAGGGGAAAGCGAGAGAAGAGGAGAGGAGAGGAGAGGGAGAGAAGAGAAGAGGAGAGGAGAGGAGAGGAGAGGGAGAGAAGAGGAGAGGAGAGGAGAGGGAGAGAAGAGGAGAGGAGAGGAGAGGGAGAGAAGAGAAGAGGAGAGGAGAGGGAGAGAAGAGGAGAGGAGAGGGAGAGAAGAGGGAUAAACAGACUCUGGCAGUGAAACCAGCAAGAGUAAAAAAGAGGGAAAAAUUGAUUUCCAUCUGUCUAUCCAUUCAAGUUUGUAUCCUGUCUUAGGCUCCUUUCAGGAAUUAUUCAAUGGAGUUAUCAUGUUCUUCGCCAUUUUCGGUUAAAUCCUCUGUCUCCAGCUCGUUUCCUCCGUUUAGUUGUCGUGAUUCAUUUUACUGUCGCAGAAAAACAAAGUAUGUGGGCACUCUUUUCUCAAAUUUCCCUUCUUCUCCACCCCAGGCUACCCCAGCAGCCUCAUUCAGCGCUAGCGUCUCUUCCUCGUCCCUCUUUGGAACCUCGGUUUUGCAGCUUCCCUGCAGCUCGGUUCCCCAGAAAGUAAAGCGAUCUCUGAUUAUUAUCUCCGGGGCGUUCGAUAAAUUUACCGAGAGGGCAAUCAAAGCAGUGGUUUUCUCUCAGAGGGAAGCGAAGGCUUUGGGAAAGGGCAUGGUCUUCACUGAGCAUAUUUUGUUAGGACUUAUUGCCGAGGAUCGUGGGCCCGGAGGGUUUCUUGGUUCGGGCAUCACCAUUGACAAGGCCCGCGAAGCUGUUCUGAGCAUUUGGAGUCAUGGUAAAGAUGGUGAGAAUGUGAAGAUUGGAUAUGGAGAUUCUGGUUCAGUUACUUCAGCCACAGAUGUGGCGUUUUCUACUAUUUCUAAGCGUGUGUUUGAGGCUGCUGUGGAGUAUUCAAGGACUCUGGGGUAUAAUUUUAUAGCUCCCGAGCAUAUUGCAAUUGGCCUAUUCAUGGUUGAUGAUGGCAAUGCUGGUCGUGUUCUCAAGAGAUUAGGGGCAAAUGCAAAUCAUUUGGCAGCUGUUGCAGUCUCCCGGCUUCAAGGGGAGCUUGCCAAGGACGGUAGAGAGCCAAUUGCUUCACUCAAAAGAUCACGUGACAAACCACUAUCUGGGAAAUUGACUAUUGACAGAUCUGGUGAGAAAACAAGAGAGAAACAUGCUCUGGAACAAUUCUGUGUGAAUCUAUCUGUUCGUGCUAGCCAAGGACUCAUCGAUCCUGUAAUUGGCCGAGGCACUGAAAUCCACAGAGUUGUUCAAAUACUCUGCCGAAGAACAAAAAACAAUCCAAUUCUUCUUGGCCAGGCUGGGGUUGGGAAAACAGCUAUUGCUGAAGGAUUGGCAAUAAAUAUCGCAGAAGGGAACGUUCCUCCAUUCUUGUUGAAAAAGUGUAUUAUGUCUUUGGACAUUGGUUUAUUGAUAGCUGGUGCGAAGGAGAGGGGUGAAUUGGAGGCUCGUGUGACUACAUUAAUUAAGGAGGUUAAGAAUUCAGGAAAUAUCAUUCUUUUUAUUGAUGAGGUCCAUACACUAAUUGGUUCUGGCACGGUUGGGAGAGGAAGUAAGGGUUCUGGGCUUGACAUUGCUAAUCUGUUAAAGCCGCCACUUGGGCGUGGUGAAUUACAGUGUAUUGCAUGCACAACUAUGGAUGAAUACAGAUUACACUUUGAAAAGGACAAAGCUCUUGCUCGCAGGUUUCAGCCUGUAAUGAUUCAUGAACCGAGCCAGGAGGAUGCUGUUCAGAUACUGCUAGGGCUGCGUGAGAAAUAUGAGUCUCAUCAUAAAUGUAAAUAUACAUAUGAGGCCAUAACAGCAGCUGUGCAACUUUCAGCUAGAUACAUUCCUGAUAGGUAUCUUCCAGACAAAGCCAUUGAUCUUAUUGAUGAGGCUGGGAGCAGAUCCCGAAUGGAAGCUCAUAAAAGGAAAAAGCGACAACUUACUUCCAUACUUACAAAAUCACCAAGUGAAUACUGGCAAGAAAUAAGAUCUGUUCGGGCAAUGCAUGAAAUGAUUCUGAUAAAUAAACUCAGCGGAAAUGACUAUGAAUCUCACUUGGAAGGGGAUGAUAAAUUCAAAACUGAACAUUCGAUAAAUUCAGCUGCUAAAGAUGAUGAAUCUUGUGUGGUUGGACCUGAGGAAAUAGCUUCUGUAGCUUCACUUUGGUCGGGCAUUCCUCUUCAACAGCUGAGGGUUGAUGAGAGAAUACUUCUAAUGAGUCUUGAUGAACAACUCAGAAAGAGGGUUGUUGGUCAGGAUGAAGCUAUUAGUGCCAUUUAUCGGGCUGUUAAGCGGUCCCGAGUUGGCUUGAAGGACCCAAAGAGGCCCAUUGCUGCCAUGCUGUUCUGUGGACCUACUGGAGUUGGUAAAAGUGAACUCGCUAAAGCACUGGCGGCAACUUAUUUUGGAUCGGAGUCAGCCAUGCUAAGAUUGGACAUGAGCGAAUACAUGGAGCGUCAUUCCAUAAGCAAGUUAAUUGGGUCACCCCCUGGUUAUAUUGGCUAUGGAGAAGGAGGCACAUUGACAGAAGCCAUCAGAAGAAAACCUUUCACAGUUGUGCUACUAGAUGAGAUAGAGAAGGCACAUCCUGAUAUAUUCAAUCUUCUCCUUCAGCUAUUUGAAGAUGGCCACCUCACAGAUUCUCAGGGUCGACGAGUGUCAUUUAAGAAUUCGCUGAUAGUCAUGACUUCUAAUAUUGGUUCAACCGCCAUUAUUAAGGGGAGACAGAACACAAUUGGUUUCUUGAUCGCAGAUUAUAAUGAGUCAGCAUCUGCCUCGUAUUCUGGAAUGAAAGCAAUGGUGAUGGAAGAGCUGAAGGCAUACUUCCGACCAGAAUUAUUAAACAGAUUAGAUGAAGUUGUCGUGUUCCGUGCUCUUGAAAAGCCUCAGAUGCUUGAGAUAUUGAAUAUUAUGUUGAGAGAAUUGAAAUCCAGGCUUCUUGCCUCCAUGGGGAUAGAGUUGGAAGUUUCAGAAGCCAUAGCUGAGCUGAUCUGCCAACAAGGAUUUGACAAACAUUAUGGAGCCCGCCCGCUUAGGAGGGCAGUCACUAACAUAAUUGAAGAUCGGGUGAGUGAAUCGUUGCUAUCUGGGGAUGCCAAGCCUGGAGACGUUGCUAUGAUCCACUUGGAUGGUUCUGGAAGUCCAGUUGUCACCUAUCGAUCAAGUCGGACUGUCAAUUUUUCAGAUACACCAAGUUAAGUGGUCUGAGAGUAUACAUUGUAACUAUUAGAUGUGUAUGUAUAUCUGGGUAAAUUCCAUAGUGUAUGUAGCUGAUUCGUUUAUGUACAUAAAAGUGAACAACUAUAAAUCCCCUUGUACAGCACUGAUGACGAUUGAGAUAUUUGUGUUUGCUGUAAAAUGAAUACAAUUAGGGUAAUUCUAAAUAGAGCCUCCAAAUUACUAUUUGCAGCCUCUGAUCAAAUAUUAGUAUUUGUAAUCCCUAUUUUAUCCCUAU